GCUGACUCUUCCGAGCUCUAGUUAUUAAACACAUUCGGAGGAUAGAGAGCAGAUCAGUUCUAGAUCUCUGUUCGAAUACUGGUUUAUCUUUUACACUAUGAAAACUGAGCGAUGAGGACACUCAUAAUCAACAUAGUUUUAAUUUUUGUACUGGGUUUCGAGCAGGUUUCCGGAGGUUAUCAAGGUUGUUAUAAAGAGGCGAAAUAUGACAGAGCGUUUCCCAUUUCCCCGGGAGACUAUGACCAAGCGUCGAUCUCAGUUAUCACGUGUGCGGCAGCUUGCGGAGAAAUCAUAGAGCCAUAUGCAGCUUUGUCUGGUGGCAAGUUCUGUUUCUGCGGAAGUAAUCAACCAGCUUUGGCUAACCUAGACAACGCUGCUUGUACAGAAUCUUGUUUGAACAACCCUGCUGAGAAAUGCGGAGACAGCGAGCACGUUAGUGUUCACGACUCGGCGCAACAUAUAACCAAAUUGUCUUUAUCAGUUGCUUCGAAAGUCGAUAGCGAUGUUUCAUUUUCUGUUGCUGCCGAACCUUCUUCGAUAGAUAUGGUUUAUUCAAUGAAUUAUGGUGAUAUUGGUGAUAACAUGCAGAGUGAAAAGAAUUUAACGGGCCUAUUCGAUCGGCAUUAUGUUCUUCCUGGAAACUUCACUGCCACUUUGUUUGGUGAAGGACGCGAUAAUUCAGCACCUGAAGUUCAAGCAGUAACAACUGUUUCUAUAGAAACGCCGGUGGUAAAUGUCACCCUUGACUGUCCUGACGUAGUGGCAACGCACGAAGAUUUUGACUGUCUGGCCAUUGUUCAAGACGGAACAUCACUGACUGUCACCGUUGACAUUGGCGAGGGUUGGCAGAGAACCUACCCCAUUGCAGAUGCAACUCGUUUUAUUGCUGGUCAAGACCUUGCUGCUUCGUCAACAGUACUCUCAGAACCCACUGCUCUAACCUAUUUCAAAUUGCUUUCUGAUUUCCAGUGGGAUGGUGUGUUGGUUGGCUGGGAGCUGAAAGGUUCCAUGGCAGGAAACAUAAAAUUAUUGGUUCUUAAGCCUCAAUGUCCCUCCACGUAUUGUUACACUACACGCCAAUGUGGGGCUUGCGUUGAAGGAAUGGCAGAGAUAUGUGACUCUAACAAAUAUUGCAUGGCGUCGAAUUUGUGUGACAAACAAACUACAUCCAGUAGACCAGCACCUCUUGCGACUCUGUCAUAUGAAGUGAUCUCUGCCAAAUCAGUUGCUAUUACAACUGGGUACAACUACAUCAAAGUGGAUGAAGUAGUAACGAUUAAAGCUGGCUACAUCAUCGGAUUCGAGAAAGAGUCAGGCGAAAUUGAUGCGACAACAUAUAACGAUACAGAUUAUUUCAUAGCAGGCACCACAAGUGAAGGGACGGCACAUACAGUUCAAGAUAUGACUAAAAGUGGCGGCAGCCAUUUAUUGAAAGGAAUUGCUUCUCGUACAUCAGUAUUGUCCAUAAACCAUAUUUAUACUGAAACCAAGGAUGUUGAGAUAGAAGUGAUAGUGACAGGUAAAGAAAAUAGUGAGAACGCUACCAAACUGCUGAUGGUACAAGAAGGAAUUGACAAAAUUAUUAUCGACUCAAGUGAAUUUAAAGCGACACAAGUUGAAGGAACAUUCAGUAUACUAUCGCAUAAAGGUAACAAUGUAACUUAUGAAUGGGAUUUUGACGAUGGCGUUUUAGUAAACACCACAGAUCAACAAAUCGUUCAUGUCUAUUCACAACCAGGGACUUACAACGUUACUGUAUCUGCAUGGAAUCUGCUGAGUAGUAAAAAAAAUUUCACGGUGGUUUUUGCUGAAGAAUCUAUCAAAGAUCUGAAAAUAGAAAAUAAACCCAUAGCGACAACAGAGGAUGCUAUUUUUCAAAUUAGUAAAUCUAAUGGUUCCCACUUUCAAUGUACACUCUCUUAUGGAGACAAUUCUGACACCAGCCUGAGCACGCCGGAUUUUGCACCUACGGCUUCUUCAACACACAGAUAUCAACAAAGAGGCACAUACGAUGUCACAAUAGCUUGUUCAAAUAACGUUUCACAAAAUUCAUUUACUGUUAAGCAAAUAGUCGUUGAUCCAAUUACAGAACUGAAACUUAUCGAAGAGGGAGUACUUAAAAGUGAGAGAAAAGCUAUCAAUUUUUCAAUUGCUACUGGAUCUGACGUUUCAUUUGAGUUAACUUUAGAUGGGGUAGACUAUCCAGUCACAUAUAACCCUAACACACUAACUGGUUCAACAGAUUUAAUUGACUGGCCAAACUAUGGGUUACAUUAUGUCAUUAUAUCUGCAACAAAUCCAGUUUCAAAUGUAACAGAAACGGUUGAGUUUGGAGUGGUAGAAGAAAUAACAGGAGCUAACUCUACGGUGGUCGGAGAAAAGAAAAGAAUAAAAGUCGGCGAUGAUGUGACAUAUAAAGUAACGAAGGAUACUGGAUCAGACGUGCAAACUGAAUGGAUUUUUGGUGACGGGCAAACGUUUAUUACUCCAUGGAAUGAUACAGAUCAGACAACUCAUACUUUCAACUUUGCAGGAAAUUACACUGUUGUCGUAAAUAUUUUUAACAAACAGAAAAAGGUAGUAUUUACACACAACGUAAUAGUUUUGGCUCCUAUCGAAAAUCUGACUUUACAAAGUAACAGUCCUGUCUUAUUUACACCACCUGCCAACGUCAAUUUCAAAUUUGUUUUGGCCAGUCUUCAAGUUCCUACUGAUGCCAGAGUAGACAUCAACUAUGGAGAUGGGAACGCGGACAAUCUUUUUUUUGAUCUGGACAGUGCAUAUUACCAUGCCUAUGAAGAUGUCGGCGUUUUUCAUGUAACGGCAACCGUAAGCAACGAGAUAAAUGCAGCGGAUCUCGAAACAGUAGUGGAUAUUAUCGAGCCGCUUGAAGAUCUUACCAUUAAAUCUAAUCCAACAUUUGCUGUAGUGAACGAACUUGUACAGAUUUCUAUAUUUUUGUAUCGAGGAGGCAACACAAAUGUCAGUAUCACAUGGGACAUGGGUGAUGGCACGAUCAGUGAGACACCAAGAAAGGGUAUUAGUCCUCACGAACCUGAUGUCUUUGACCACACCUAUACAUCUGUCGGCAAUUAUACAAUAAAGGUGUCAGUGAAAAGUAUUCUCGAAGUCAUCAACACUACUUACUUCAUGGUUUGCCAACAAGCUGUUGCUAGAGGCAGAGUCGACGACAUUCAUCCGCGAGUUUUUACAGGUUCUCAACUCUCUGUCAUGGUAAACAUGAAUUAUGAAGGUGGCAUUCCACCAGCUAAUUCGUAUGCGUGUUACUUUAACACUACGAGCGAAAAUGAAGAUACAAAGUGCUGCAUUGGUGACAACGAACAUGCUUUAAAGAGGCCCUUGCUAACAAAUGACCAAUUAUCAUUGCAAUACAAUGAAGCUGGAGUUUUCAUCGGAAAAUUAGUCACAUGUAAUAUGGUAUCAAGGGAAGAAUACACUUUUAAAGUUUCAAUUCUACGUGAAAUAACUACUAUGACAACUGGUAUUAUGUAUCAACCAAAAUUGCCACUCAAUUCUCCAGGCAUACCAGUAGUUUCAAAUAAUUUCCCAUUUGACCUUCCAGCUAUAUUCGACAUCUCUACAGAUGGAACCGUUGAAAAUUACACAGUGACAGUAACAAAUACAGAUAAUGGUGAUACAACUAUUUAUUUUAAUUCUUCAUCACCUGUCACUUUUAAUUGGUCAGAUCCUGGAAACUAUGAUAUAACUAUCUCUGCUAAAAACUUUUAUUCAUCCCAAGAUAAAACAAUUCAAAUUGCUGUCGCUGACAGCCUUACCGGUUUGAUACUGAGUGUACCCAAACAGAAUAAAGUAGAUAAUGAAACUACUAUACAAGUUAGUCUACCAACCAUUUCAAGCUCAACAUGUUUAGUUCUUGAUCUAGGUGAUGAAACACCUGCUUAUGUAUAUGGUGCUUCUGUAGCAUGUCCGGAAGAAUAUAAAACUAUGGCCAAGGAUUCUGUUCUAAACGAAAUGUCUUGGACCCACAACUUCGCUACACCAGGAACUUACAAAGUCAGUGUUCUUGCUGCAGACAUCUUUGGAAAUUUCACUUCUGAGAAAUUAAUUGUCAUUUCUGAUGUGCAAUGUGAACCUCCACAUAUAGUUAUACGAGAAGUUAGUUAUAACUUUAUGGAACCUUUAGUAGUUAAAAGAAAUAAAUUGGUACGAUUCCUGACAAAGACGACAAUAAGUUGCAAACACACUUUGAAGAAUAUCAAGUUAUGGUCUAUAAUACCUGCAGAUCCUAACAGUGGAGAAGAGAUAGGUGAACCAGUUACUCUGCUUGACAAUCCUUCAAUAAACUUUGCAGAAUUGGCAAUAGAACCAAGUAUAUUAGAAACAGGAUUUUAUAAAGUAAUUUAUAAUGUAAAAAUGGACCCAACUGAAUUUCCAAAUCAGGAAGUCUUUCAGACAAAGGUUUCCACAUAUUUGAAGAUAAUAAGUUCUGACCUAGUUAUUAUGAUUGAAAAUGGUGGAGCAUCAGAAAGAUUGUGGGGUAUCAAUACAAUAUUAACACUUUCACCAGAAAAAUAUUCUUAUGAUCCAGAUGUUCCAAGAGAUGGCAAUCAGGGAUUUACAAAUUUCAUAUGGUAUUGUAGUGGAUACAAACAGAAAUAUGAAAUUACUGAAGAUGAAGGGACUGUUGGCCCUCCAAGUUUGUCUUCUGAUAAAGGUGGAUGUUUUGGUAAUGGUCCUGGAAAACUUAGCUUUACUGCAGGAAGCAUAUCGUUUAAUACUCAAUGGAUGAAAAUAAAUGAAUCAUAUGACUUCUUAGUGAUAGCUGAAAAAGGAGACAGGAAAGCAAAUGCUACACUACGAGUGAAAAUAGUGGAUGGGAUACCAGGUUUGGCAAUGAUUGAGUGUUCUCCAGGUCUUUGUACGCAAGCAUCAACUGGUCAAGUCGUCAAUCCAUCAGCAAGAAUUGGACUUACAGCCUAUUGUACAGAAGGUUGCCAAACUGAUGAGAAAAGCUAUGAGUAUACUUGGGAAUUAUUUUACUAUGAAUAUCGAUGGGACUGGCGCAAGAUUAAGAAUAUGUCAGAAUAUGUAGCAGAUAGCGAUAAAAAGUAUUUAGUUGUCUCCAAAUCAAUCUUUGAAGACUUUCAAAAUGUUGAAAAAUUUCGUGCCAAAGUUACAAUCAUUGAUGGUCUCACCAGAGCUGAAACUGCUAUAAAUAUUUUGGUCAACAAAGCACCACGUAAUGGUAGUUGUACAAUCUCACCUGAUAGUGGGGAAACUGGACAAACAGUCUUUAACCUUAGCUGUUUCAACUGGGAAGAUGAUCAGAAAAUUGAACAGUAUAUGUUCUAUGCUAAAUACAAAGACAGCAGUUUACUGAACCAGAUUGCUUUCGGUAUUGACAGCACCCUUAAUGUGUUUAUGCCACUUGGUCCUGACUAUGAUAAUUAUAAAAUGGAAGUUUUUGGCAAAGUGUUCGACCCAUUGGGAGCCUAUACAAUAUAUCCUAUGGGCACAGUAACAGUUCUACCAAUGUCUGAAGAAAAGCUACAAGGUCUUCUAGAUGAAUUAAAUAAUGGAUCAAUGGCAGAUUUGGAUCAGGUGGCAGCAAAUGGCGACAUACAGGAAACCAACACACUCUUCACCACAUUGGCAUCAGCAUUGAACAGCGCUAGUAAGAAAGUUGACAAAGAAACAUAUGCCAACAACAGUGAAAGAGCAUCAACAGGAUAUGGCCGAGAUUAUGACCAUAGAGUUCCAGUGGAAACACCAGUGUUAUCUGGUGCUGAAGUGCAAGAACUACAAGCCAGCAAGUUUGACAGUAAAAUAGAACAAGACCGAUCCCUUCGAGCCAAAGGACGAGCAAAAAUGGCAGAGGCACUGAACACUAUUACCGUCUCGACUAUAUCCGGCAUACAGUUGACAUCAAGUACGUUGUCUGCUGUAUGUAAAUACACAGAAGAAUGUGGGAGAGAGGCUCAGAAAGCUGUUAUAACGAAUAUUGAAAAGAUGUCUGACACUUUCAAAAAACUUGGCCGAGGUACUCCAAAAGAAGAAUUAGCUGUUGCAGGAGAAUCCUUAAUGGCUACUAUCGGACAGGCUCUAGAGUCCGUGAAUUCUCACAUCACCAAUCCUAUUAUUUCUGACAUGGAAUCUGUUGCUGAGUUUAUGGUGUAUGAUACUGAUUUAGACAGUGAACAAGAAACAAUUUCAUCUCAAGAUCCAGAAAGAGGAUUGGAUGAAUUGAAAUACGUAGCUAAUAAAGACUUGCAAACAAAAGAAGCGGUGAAAGAAAGUAAAAAACUUCGAGAUUCUAUGAAAACCAUUACAAAGACACUAUCAACAGCUCUGGUUCCAGGAGAUGAGCCUUUAAACAUGUUUACACCUAAAAUGGACAUUUCAAUAUCAAAAUCUUCUGCAAAGUCUUUGAGCGAUACGAAAUUUGGAGAAGGCAGAGGGGCAUUCAAUCUCCCUGAUUGGUGUAAGAUGAAAACAGACUGUGACCCAGAUGACAUUGUUUCACUUGAAGUUAUGGCAACACCGGGUAAUAUAUACAGUUUUGCUAAAAAUAAGGCAGCAUCUGAUGUUUCUGGAACCAUGUCCAUAAAUUUCAUGACUGAUGAUAACAACGAUAUUCCCAUAGCCAACGCAUCAGAACCUAUUGAAAUUAUUAUUCCCAGAGAAAAGACAUUUAAAGCAAAAGCACCAGAUUUCGUCAACCCAGUUUUGGUGAAAAAUGAAACAUUGUUUUACCAUACUUUUUGGGCAAACAACACAAACUCAUCACUUCAUAUUGAAAUAAGACCUGAUAAUGCAACUGUGCAACUCUUGGUAUUUGUGUAUUUUAAUAAUACACCCAACAGCACUGUGCAAAGUUGGGAGCAUUUCCAGAUGAUUCCUUCCAGUAUGGAGCAGGCUGAAAAUUACACAGACGGAAGCUGGCCAAAUCCAUACAUGUUAUUUGUCAGUGAUAAGAUCGUUGGCAAUUAUACUGGUCGAAUCACUUUGGGAGUUAGACAAUUAGAAGCUGAUGAAAUGGACUUAUACGACUCAAAUGCAACCAUACCUGAUUUUAAGCCCCACACAGGUCAAUUUACAACCAAUUACACCUUACGGACAUUCACAUCUGGAUGUCUGUAUUUCAGUGAAACUAAAACAGAUUGGGUUACUGAUGGAUGUUAUGUUGGUCAUAAGACUAAUCUGACACAGACACAAUGUUUCUGUAAUCACAUGACUGCAUUCUCAGCUGGAUUGGUCGUUGCACCAAAUGCAAUUGACUGGGAUCGUGUCCUGAACAAUGCUAGCUUUGCAGAGAACCCAACACUAUAUAUUACACAGAUCAUCAUUCUUCUUGUCUACCUAGGCUUUGCCGGGUGGUCCUUCUGGCAAGACAAAAAGGAUACAGAAAAGCUUGGAUUAACACCAUUGAAAGACAACAACCCAAAUGAUAAAUAUUACUAUGAAAUCAUAGUUGCCACUGGAAUGGGCAAAGAUUCUGGAACAACAUCAAAAGUGUAUUUUAUCCUAUCUGGAGAAUAUGAUGAAACAGAAGCAAGGUCAUUAACAGACGAUAAGAGACAGAUUCUCCAACGUGGAUCAGUUGAUGGUUUUCUGAUGGCAGUACGAAGACCACUUGGAGCACUGAGCUAUGCACGUAUAUGGCAUGACAAUUCUGGAAAAGGAAAAUUUGGCUCAUGGUAUCUUAAACAUUUCUUGGUACGAGAUCUUCAAACUGGAAUGAAGUAUCAUUUUAUAGCAAACAAAUGGCUUGCUGUGGAAGAGGAUGAUGGACAGGUCGACCGGAUUAUUCCUGUUGCUGGAAAAGAACAACUGUUGAAUUUCUCACACAUGUUUGCAAAGCGAGCCCAGAAGAAUUUGGGAGAUGGACAUCUUUGGUUCUCUGUCAUUGGACGACCCCCUGGCAGUCCAUUUACCCGUCUCCAACGUGUAUCCUGCUGCCUUUGUCUACUAUUCACAUCAAUGUUUGCCAAUGCUUUAUACUAUGGCAAAGAGUCUGGUGGUGGAGGAGGUUUCUCCUUUGGUCCUUUCUCAAUGUCUAUAGAAACGAUAUCUAUGGGAUUCGUGAGCAACUUAAUUGUACUUCCGGUGAACUUAAUAAUCGUAACUUUGUUCCGUAAAUCAAAACCCCGAAAGGAAAAACCAUCCCGAAUAGAGCAAGCCUUAAAAGAAAGUAAUGAAACACCCACAGUAACAUCAGUAAAUGAUGUUCAACCUCUUGUAAUGACUGGUUGGGAUGACAUGUCCAGAAGUCAAGCAAAUCUAAUUGGUUCAGAUAAAGAUUUGAGCCGACCAGGAACAUCUAUGUCAAGACCAAAUACUCCAGCAGUUCGGAAAAAAGCAGGUGGCAAUGAUGACAAGAAAAAUAAAAAGAAGUUCAUGUUUCCUUGGUGGUGUCGAAUCAUCUCUUGGAUUCUUUUGUGGCUCACAGUUGCUGGCAGUUGCGCUGGUGUCACAUUUUAUGGAAUCACUUUCGGAAAUGAGAAAUGUACCAAAUGGAUAUCAUCCAUGUUGAUAUCUUUCUUCUCUUCAGUAUUCAUUACAGAACCAAUAAAAGUCUUUGGCAUGGCAAUUCUGUUGUCAUUAAUCUUGAAAAAACCUGCUGAAGAAGAGGAAGAAGGAGAAGAUGAAACACUAGAAAUGGGAGAAGAUGAGGAAUUUUUGCAUUCAGCAAAUGGGUUUGGUGCUGCAAAACCAAAGAAGACUGCUUAUAAACCACCAGACCAAGAAGCCCUUGGAAAGAUGCGAGAACAACGUCUGAAAGAGAUCAAGAUGUGGGAAGUUAUUAAGGAAAUUAUAUUCUAUGCUUUCUUCUUGUGGAUUCUUAUGGUAAUUAGUUACCGUAACAGAAGUCCUUGGGCAUAUAGAACUAAAUAUGCUUUGGAGAAUAUCCUUGUCCAUACUGGUAAUGAUUUUAGUGAAAUUACCAAUACUCAGGCUUUUUGGAAAUGGGCCAAGAAUGACCUUGUUGAUGGUCUCCGGGCCACUAAAUACUACAACGGUGCACCACCUCUUAUGUUGCGUGGCUAUAUGAGUGAUAAAACAUCAAGGAUUAUGGGAUAUGCAGUCAUGAGACAACUCAGAGCCACCACAAAACAGUGUAAAAUUGCCAAGCAGUUUGAAUCACUUGGUUUAGACUGUCAUAAAGAGUAUUCACUCUUUAAUGAAGACAAAGAAAUGUAUGGAAAAGGUUGGGAUACACCAAGUUUCAACAGCACAUACAGUAAUUUGGCUGAUGAAUUUCAGUACCAAGAUUCCUCAAAACUAGAUGGUUAUCCAUUCUAUGGUAGUUUAAAUAUGUAUGGUGGAGGAGGUUAUGUAGCCAGACUGAAAGGUAGCAAGACAAAACUUACAACCAUGAUGGAGAGAUUACAAAACACCAGUUGGAUUGAUAAAUUAACCAGAGCCGUUUUCGUUGAAUUCACAAUAUAUAACCCUCAAGUGAACUUAUUCACAGUUUGUACUUUAUUAGCUGAAUUCACUAGAAUAGGGGGCGUUGUAACAUCAUAUCGGUUUGAACCAUGUAUGCUGCUACCAUAUAUGACACAGGCUGCUCUUUUCCAGACACUCUGUGACGUUAUUUUUGUCCUUUUCCUUAUAUAUUUCCUGAUAAAAGAAGUGAAACUUCUCCUCAAGUUACGUAGGAAGUACUUAAAAGAGUUUUGGAACCUUGUAGAGCUUGGAAUUGUAAGCUUGUCCAUUGCAGGAAUGUUUAUAUUUAUAUAUAAACUACUUGAGACAACACGUCUUACCGAUUUGUUUAGAAAAACCCAAGGUAACAAGUACAUGAAAUUUCAGUAUGUAGCCUUCUGGAACGAGAUGUUUUGUAUUAUAGUUGGUUGGUUGGUCUUCCUUGCAACUCUUAAAUUCAUGAAGCUACUUCGCUUCAACAAACGAAUGUCCAUGCUGUCAUCAACACUAACAAACAGUGCACCGAGUCUUUUGAAUUUCAGUCUGGUGUUUUGGAUUUUCUUCUUGUCAUUUGUACAAGUAUUCUAUUUAUUGUUUUUCCGAGAGAUGAGUGAUUUUGCAAACUUCAUCACAGCAGCAGAAACUGGAUUUCUAAUGAUGAUGGGAAAGUUUGACUUCCAUAUGAUGAAGCUUAUCCAGCCAAUUCUCUGUCCUCUGAUAUUUGCUAUGUUCGUUGUAACAAUCACAUUCAUCUUAUUAAAUAUGUUCCUUUCAAUUCUAAAUGAAGCAUUUGCCUCUGUUAAAGAAGAUCUUGACAAACAAAGCAAUGAGUAUGAAAUAGUAAACUUCAUGGUGGGUCGUUUCAAAACAUGGACCGGCAUUGGUAUGUCUGGAGCUGUGUCUCCUGAAGAACAAAACUGUAAAAAAUCAAUAUCAGGAAACAAAGAUGGUCCUGAUGGACAAAUUGAACAAUUUCCAGAUAAGGUUGACCAGCUUUUGAAUUCUAUCUCCCAAGUUUACAUGGAAAAGGAUACAUUAGAAGCAUUCUUUGAUGACAGAAAUGAAGCUGGAAAGAGAGCAUUAAAGAAAAUCCUGAAACAAAGCCAGACAAGCAGUGCCUACCAUGCAUUUCCAAAUGAUGACUAUGGAUUACCAAAAGUACAGACAAACUAACCAUAUAUUUAAAUAAAAGUAGCAAUAUUUACUGCAAACCAAAGACUCUUGAGUUGUUUGUACAUUUAAAUUGUCCAAACCAUUCUAAUUAGUACUACAAUUACAUAGUCUGUAAUUAGAAAAGUAGCAUUUCAGUCAAUGCCAGAGGCUUGUGAAUGGUAUUUUAUUUGGCAAACUGCAAUUGUUGCAUUUACACUCAAUUAAGGUCAAAUUCAAGAGAAAGACUACACUUUAAAUAUUCCCAAAUUCUACUGACAAAAAUCACAAUAGUGAAAGACUUAUCUGUACAUAAUAAUGUGUCAUUUAAAUAUAUCAACACACUGACUAUAUAAAAUAUCUUUACAGAUACAAAAUAGAAAGAAUGAAUCAAAUAUAAUUUGAAUGUUAACUGUAUAAUAAAUAAUUAAAAAAAAAUUGUUAUAUAUAACCUUGAUUUACAUUUCUGGAACGUAAUUUUGCUUUGAUUACUAGUUUGAUUAAAGAAGUAUUUCAAAGAUUUUAUUCUUUUACUGACUUUUGUUCUCUUAACUAUAAUUUUUUGUUUCAUUUUAAGUGUCCUUAAAGUUUUCUCAUUCAGUUAAAGAAACAUUUCAUGUACAUAUAUAUAUAUAUAUAUAUAUAUAUACAUGCUAUAUGAAUUGUUGCAUAUAGAAAACACAAAUUACUUUCACAAAUUACACAGACCAACAAUAGUAACAAACCGUAAGCUAAUUUCAGCAGUGUUCUCAUAUACAGGUUUAAACAAUUUAUAUGUCAACAACAAAAUCAUGAUCGUAAAACAUCACAUAGUUCUAUCAAGCAAUGUACUAUAGCAAUAAAUAUGCAAAUAUAAUUUUG